CGGCUGCGGCGACGACAUCGACGGAUGUCAAUCGUUUGGCCCCGCACGGGCCGAAGCAGCCCCUCGCUCCGUUGCGCCCCCCCGUCGCCCCUCGCCCCUCUCCGGUGCCGCCGCCGGGGCGUGGGGGGCGCGAUGGCGCCGACGGAGAAGGAGGAUCCCAUCACGCUCUUCAGGGACCUGAAGCGGCAUUAUCCCCGCGCGGAGGUCGAGGACUACUUCAAGGACGGCAGGCGCCGCGCGCCCCGCCCAGAGACGGCCGAGCGCGCCAGGGGACUCGCGAUCGAGGUCAGCCAUCCCGCGGGAGCGGUACCGUCCUCUCCGUGGAGAUCGGGCUCCCAGGGGCUCGAGGAGUCGCUCGCGCAGCCGUUCGGGGGGGCGCUCGAGAAUCCGGUCGAGGCCGCGCCGGAGCUCAGUGCCGUGCCAGUCGCGCUGGAGCCCGAGGCUGGUGUGGAAGGUACUAUCGAGAACAAGGCGGACAUCGUGGGCGCCUCCCCGCAGGCGGCCUCUUCGCGCGCGCGCCAGUGCUCACCGACUCUGCCUGCAGAUGUGGAGGAAGCUUCCGACCCCAACCAGCCACCAUCCCUGGCAGCAGCUGUGAGCAAACUGUUGGACGUCAUCAGGGUAGGGGCGAAGCAGGAGGCCCUCCAGGGAAACGAUGAUGGCCCGCCCCCGCUCUACCAGGACCAGCAGGCGCUCAGGCAGGACGCCGAUGCCUUCACCGAGAUGGUCAUGAAAGGCUUCCAGCAGGCCUUUACGGGAAUGACUGCUGGGACGACUCAGAUGAAAGUCCGCUUCGAGAGGCCCAUGCCUUCUGCGCAGGAGUUGUGCCGGUGCGUCCAGAACCUACAUGGAACAAGGGGGCCCCAGGUGGUAGUACAGUUACUCGAGCAGCAGCGCGUCGACAAGAAGGGGAAGAGGGAGACCUUCACUAAACCUCUAUCAGCGACGUGGUUGGCUGAUACGGCGGGCUGGAACAGCACCAACUUCCACCUCAAGCUCGAUAUCCUGUGA